GGUGCAGGCAGCUGCCUGGCUUCUCUGCCCUGGCUCCAUGCCCACGCUGCUCCCUGCCCACCUCCUUCUCCCAUUUCACUGCCUGCCCUGUGCUGUGCUAAUACCUCCCCUGGGCCGCUCUCGAGGGCCCAUCUUGGGAGGCUUUCCAAAGGUCUCUUCAUUAGCACUGCCUGCGGUUGUGGCUUGGGCAGGGAUCUGGCAGGGAAAUAGGGGGACUCCCUGGACGGGAAACACCUGUGCCAGCUCACCUGAGCGAGGAGGUCUCGCUCGGGGACCCUCGGGGGGGCUCCUGCCAGGUCUGGUCCUACUGGAGGAUGCCAGCGUCACGAGGCAGCGGUGUCCCCAGCCCCACGUGGGACUCUGGUCCCUGCCAGGCGUCUCCCUGUGGUGUGGCCCUGGAGUGGUUUAAAGUCUGCGUGUUAUCACCCACCCCAGCCCCGGGGCUCAUAAAAUCGUGCCAGGACGGAGACACUGACGCUGCUGUUGCCACUGCCUGUUCCCAGCCGGCCCUAUGGGCACCACUUCCUUCUUGAAGAGGGCCCAGGCUCUGCUCCGCAUCCGGAACCAGCUGGUGCGGGAAUGCCUGGCUGAGCUGCUGGCUGUCUUCGUGCUUAUCCUGAUCACCCUGAGCGGCUCAGCACAGAUGGUCACCAGCUCCGGGACGAAGGGGAACAUCCUCACCGCCUACCUGGCAGGCGCCCUGGCAGUCAUGGUGGCCAUCUACAUGGCAGGGGGAGUCUCCGGGGCCCACCUGAACCCGGCGUUCUCCCUCGCCAUGUGCCUGCUGGAGCAGUUUCCCUGGUGGAAGCUUCCCAUCUUCGUGGCCGUGCAGACCUCGGGAGCUUUCAUAUCUGCCGGAGCUGUCUACGCCCUCUACUAUGGUACGGGGAGGUGGGCAGGCGCCUGGCGGGGGAACACCGCGGUUGUGCCGGGGUGGCUGGGCUCGCAGAUGGGCUCUGCCUCUGCUCCGCAGAUGCCAUCCAGCGCUACAGCAAUGGGACCCUCACCACCUCUGGCCCCUGGGAAACCGCCUCCAUCUUUGCCACCUACCCUGCUGACUACCUCUCCCUCUCCAACGGCUUCUUGGACCAGCCCCACAGGUGAUGGGCACAGCGCUGCUGAUCGUGGGCAUCCUGGCCAUUCUGGACACCCGCAACAAGGGUGUCCCCAAGGGCCUGGAGCCGGUGGCCGUGGCCCUGCUAGUGUUCUCCAUCGAGGUCUCCAUGGGCUCCAACUGCGGCUGCCCCAUGAACCCUGCACGGGAUUUCGGGCCCCGGCUCUUCACCUACGUCGCGGGUUGGGGCGCAGAAGUCUUCAGGUGGGUAGAGGGAAGGAGGUGAGGUGGAGGGUGGCAGGGGUGACCCCCUGCCCACCGUGCCCCAUCCCCAGCAGGGGCAAUGGGUGGUGGUGGGUGCCGGUGGUGGCACCACUGCUGGGGGCCGCCGUGGGCUCGGCACUUUACCAGCUCCUCGUGGCUUUCCACCACCCCCUGGAGGAGGGUGACCCCCCGGCCGAGCAGACCUCCCUGGUCCUCGUCAACGUCGCCAUCCCCCCAGACACCAACAUGUCACCUGGGGAGAAGGACGCUGGGGGGAUGCUGCCCUGGAAGAAGUGACACCGGGGGGACCCCCCACCCCAAGCUGGCAACACGGUCGUCGUCCCCUGCCCCGUCCCUGUCAUGCCAUUAAAUGAGCCCUGAGGCCGUGGGGUGUCUCGUGUCUGGACAGGGGGGGCAGCGGCGCAGGGGGCAUGGGACAGGGGAGGCAGCGGCCCCCAGCCCCCCGGGGGCUGGGGCAGAGCUGGCCAG